GUAUCGAGAUGAUUCAUAUGAUCGAUCAUUCUUUCCUCCGGACAUAAGGCGCCCGAUUCACCGUGGCACCGCGUUAAUUAGUGGCCUUUUGUCCGGUGCACGACAACGAAUCGCGGCGAGCAGCAAAGGGGGCACGGGCGGAUUGUAAAUGUCAGAAGCUGCGAUCUCUCUUUGGUAUUUACAGUUCGGGAGGCACCUGCAAAGAAUGGCGUCCCGCAAGAAAGUGUUGCUGAAGGUCAUUAUCCUCGGGGAUUCAGGAGUCGGGAAAACCUCCCUGAUGAAUCAGUAUGUCAAUAAAAAGUUUAGCAACCAAUACAAAGCAACGAUAGGAGCGGAUUUUUUGACUAAGGAAGUAAUGGUGGAGGAUAGAAUAGUUACUAUGCAGAUUUGGGAUACCGCUGGACAGGAGAGGUUUCAGUCAUUAGGAGUGGCAUUUUACAGAGGCGCGGACUGUUGCGUGCUAGUAUUUGAUGUAUCUGCUCCGACUAGCUUCAAAUCUCUAGAUUCAUGGAGGGAUGAAUUUUUAAUUCAAGCCUCACCUCGGGAUCCAGACAACUUUCCAUUUGUCGUGCUUGGGAACAAAGUAGAUCUUGAAUCAAGAGCAGUGUCGAGCAAGAGAGCACAACAGUGGUGUCAAUCGAAGAACAAUAUUCCAUAUUUCGAAACUAGUGCAAAAGAGGCUAUUAAUGUCGAGCAAGCUUUUCAAACGAUAGCCAAGAACGCUUUAGCUCAAGAAAGUGAAGUGGAACUUUACAAUGAAUUCCCGGAUCAAAUCAAAUUGACCAACGACCAAAGAAGCAAUGGUAGAGGUGAUUCAUGUGCUUGCUAGGUCUUGAAACAGUGGUAAUAUCUCGAAUGACCAAUAAAAAGAAAUGCACAGGUUAAAUACAUUCACGUCACCUGCGCAUAAAGGACGCGGAGAAUACAUUGCGAUGAGCUUUAUGUGUGCAGGAAGUCACGAAAUUUCUUUCUUUGUCUCAACGUGUUAUUAUACAAACUUCCCGUGUCCGUAAAACAAACAAAAAAAAAGUUUUAAUAUCCUCGAAAUAGUUUUGUUGAAACAGUCAUGUUAGUGGUAAAAAAAGUAACAAGUUUAAUCCAUACGUAAAAGAAUGUGUACAAACUAUCUCACACGCGUGCGUGCGCACACGCUCUCACACACACACACACACACACACACACACACACACACACACACACACACACACACACACACACACACACACACACACACACACAAAUAUAUAUUAUAUAUAUAUAAUUGUUUUUAUAAACCUGCGUGGGAGUAAGAUAUAUUUAUCCGACUUCCUGACUUAUUGAAAUAUCGCAAUUUUGAAUUAUGUACUCCCGCUGGACUUGACUUGUCAUAUAUGGGUCCUCUACGUUAUUCUUAAGUCAAGGAUUUCGCAUCUCGUUUUUAAUAAGUAUUGUAAUAUGCUCUCUUAUCGGGUAUGGCGAAACAUAUGAACUUUUCUCUUUUUUUUUUAUCUCAAGUCUUGAUAGUUUGUUGUCGAUUAAUUUUCACCGAAAUAAGGUAAUAGCUCGAGGUUUUCGAACGAUAUGUAAGAGUCGUUGUUGCACCGGAGAGGAUAAUAUAUGGGUCGGGAACACAGUUAGCGGUACACUGUUAGUAAAUUAUAAUAAAAGAAUUUGCUCAUAAUUUGUUAAGUACAAUUGCAUUUACAGAGGUCUAGUGCAUAUAGCUUAUUAUAUACUUAGAACCGAAUAUUUGCUGUCAGUAAAAAAAAAAAUGGUUCGUAUGAAAUAGAAUGAAAAUAAGAUAGUUACAAUAAAGUUACUAAGAUAGGUACUUCGUAGUAUGUCUCGUAAGGUGUUUUAACGAGUCUGAGAUUUUCACGCGAAUGGCAUGGUGUAAAACCUCCUCGAAUUUUUGUUUUCUAUUCGGGAAAAUUCUCAAUUGUUAUAUAUAUAAAUAUAUAUUGAAAUAUAAAAUUAUAUUAUGAAGAUUCUGGCUUGUUGCGCACGUAUUGUAAUGCUAGGCAUGUUAUUUUGUUUACAUAAAUAAUUAUUUUUAACUUAGGGAUGUUUAUAUGGCCAUCCCGAUUUCGUAAGAAAACGGAGAGAAUUUAUUGCAGACACUAACUUAGAAAAAAAAUUUCCAUUUCGCUGAAUCCGUAAUACGCGUUUUGCAAAAGAUACUCUUUAAGUUUUCAAACGUUUCAGCGAAAUCCCAAGAAUUCCUCCUCUGAAACGAGAUUCCUCUUAUUGUACCGUGAUGCAAACAUCGAUUUUUAAGAUUUUUUACUGUACAUAACAGUGGAAUCCCAAGUGCGCGGUGAGUUAAUUGUCAAUUGUAUGGUCUAUCGAACAGUUCUACGCGGACUAUAUUUUGUAAAUAAGACAGUAUAUAUAUAAUCCACUUAGGAAAAUUUAACGUUAUACAAAAAUGAAUCUUUAUAUCCCGAUAGCCAUAUCAAUAAGUAUGCGCUUGUAAUAUUUUUAUUCUACUCGUAGUCCCUAUUAGAGCAGUAAUUAAACC